CACCACUGACUUGAUUGAUGCUUGAUAUUAAUUUGAAAAUGUGAUCUGAUAUAAGUUAGGCAAGCUACUAACCACCUAAGGAGGCUGUCAUUGCGAUGGGCAUAAUUUACAAGCAUCAUGAUAUGUUCGCUAUACAAGUAAAAUGUCUAAUUGCAGGGCGUUUGCUGACAAGUUUGACCCGUACAAGAGUGGCGUGUAUUGUGCUAUAUUGUGAGAAGAUACCGAGCCGGAUACCGUAAAUUGGCCAAAUCCUUAAUAAGUCUUCCAGGUUCUGAUUCUGAGUAUCCUAUCAAUUUCUCCAACGAUCUUUGGAAGUCUCGCGGCAACACAGGAAAAGAAUUCAGUGACGACAGGCGUGGCGGAGUAGAAGGCUGGAUGUUAGCAUUGCUAGGAUCAGCCACACCACUAUAGAAUCAUGUCUAGCAUGUUCCUCGGUGACAAGAAAACACCAGACCUCAGUAUAGGGUGUCAAAAUAAACUCAGCUUAAAGUAUGUGAAACUUACGCAAAUCUACCUAAGUAUUUUUGUCACUCAGGGUCAAGGUCCCAAGUUUUCUUUCAUCCCCUAGCAUGUACCAGCGAGUGGCAGGAUUUUCUGGACUUCCUAGGCUUUCCCACACACACACACCAACGCCGAGCGUCAUAGGGGUGCCAUAGUUGUAUUUGAGCAUGGUUCAUGGAUCUGAGGUCCAUUUACGAGGCGUUUGAUCGCACCGCCACCAUUUUGGUUCACCUGAGGGAAGUUAAGUUGAGCAGGGAUUGGUUCAGCUUCGUUGCCCAGUCCCCUGAACCAAUGCUACCUGGGUACCUUGGCCCAGGGAAACAGAACAGAGGUUGAAGACAAGCCUUCAGCUGGGGCGUUUCGAUAGAUUGAAACGGCAGGUAUGUAGGUUCAUUUGAUGUCCGCUCAAAAAGGAGCGAAAACCACUAGACUACUACAAACCAGAAGGGAUUGUCAUUGUGAAUUAGUUAUCUUCGUCUCGUUUCUCCUUGCAAUAAUCGAAUGCCCUAAGAAGCCCGGACAGAGUGGGCGGCAGUAAGUCUUCAUUGUUUCCCAUGUUUCUUGUUUCUUGUUCCUUGUUCCUUUUCUCGCCUUCGAGUCAACUCGAUCCGCCUCUCAACCUACGAUAGAGCAGUGACAUGCCGCUUAUUACGAUAGCUUGUGGAACCUGUUUGCCUUAUCGAUUUGGAGAACCCGAAGGUAAUCAGUGGGCCGUCCUGAGACUAGAUAUACCGAUACUCUCGACCCAAGUACAGGUAGGCCCUUCAGUAUCCGAGAUGUCAUAAAGUAAGAACGACGCCAGAAGCAGCUGUCAUCAUCUCCCGCUCAGCGUGGAAGCGUCUUCCCGCCUGUCCUCCGUCUUGCAGGCACAUGCUAUUGACUGUAGUAAGAUGGUAUGUAUAUGCGCCUCGGGCGGCCCCGUCAGUGGCUGAGAUUUCGACAUCCAGUUCCGCAAAGCAAGGGCUGUGCUGGGGUGUAAGGUCAAAAGAGGAGAGAAGAGCGUCGAAGAGGCGGUUUGCCAAUAAAACAGUAAAUCACUGUCGAUGAUGACUCCAUUGGGAUCGCGAUUGCAAGAUGCAGGCAAAUCAUCCACUCCAGUUGGACGGUGGUGAAUGUCUUGGCUGGCUGACCAAAUGAUGGAUGUUUCCUCAGCAGGGAAUAACGGUACCUGACGUCAAAGUACCUUGAAACGAAAAUCAGUCACUUUCAGUUAGACCUUUCCCCAGCACGUUUCUAGCCCGUCGCUUCAUACCAGAAACGUAUUCGCAUCGCCCACUUCUGUCCUCUUUGGCGCUCUUCGGGCUUUCACUUUGGGCUGUGGUCAUCUUCCGCUCCGGGGCGUUCCCCAACAGGCGCGCGUUUCCCGUUCCCCUACGUUUCCACUGGUUUUCGCGUCGCUGGCGUGUUUUGUUGGCUUCCCUAGGUAGGCGAGACACCGAUACCAAUAUAUCUCGAUAUUUAUAUCUAAGGUAUGAAUGAUCGUCGCGUGAAAUAAUUGUGUUUCAGCUGCAUGGCACAUAGUGCUUUCCCAAAACAAUAAAGAAAACAUUCGUGACGAGAUAAUUUGAGGUAAGGAAGGUGACAGGGUACAUUGAACCCAAGGUACCUACCAGGUUUCUGGCACGAUCCCACCUGAGAGACAGGACAGGCCUUUUUGGGAGGAACCAGCCCGGCAGCUGUCAACAAUCAAUCCACUGACACACGCCCACACACUCUUUCCCUCUUCCAUACCCCACUUAUUCAACUGGCCAUGCUUUGUGAUCCAAUCAGGAAAGGUUCUUACCCACUUGCCCACUUUCAGAGGCCCUCACUAUCGCUCAUCGCCCGUCUUCGCCUCGCAUCUCUCUCAUCGGCCGCCUUGUUCACUUUCUUUCUCUACGUCUCCUUGCACAACUCUCCUUCAGUGCUACAUCGUCAUUAACUGUCAACCAUUCUCACGGAUACAUUGGCUCGUUGUCAUUUCCCCAGAAUACUUACCUUAAAUCGUCCUUUCUUCACACUACUGUAUUGCCGGUUCUCGAGCCUCAAUUCUGUUUGUUGCAUUCCUCGCCUAAGCCACCCACUGCCCACAGCGUAAACCCGCCCACCCAGUGCUUGCUUCUUUCUUCACUCGCCUCUCUGCCCUGACCCGGGGGAAAAUAUCAGCUCUCGCCACGUCUCCAGCCACACAUUAAUCCAUCUCGCCCCGAUAUGUGCCUUUGGCCCAAGGCUGUUGCGACAUCGAAACCUCGAAAUUGAUCGCAUGCUGGAUCAGAUUUGCAUUUGAUUAUUCCAAUUCUCUGCUUUCCAUCUGCCUCUAUGGCAUCGGACGCUUCCGCCUUUACCGCGAUUGACCCCCCGCCCGCAACGCGCGCAGAGGCGACCCCUCCUGCUAUCAUCCCUUCAGACGACGCUGCUAUCAGAUUGCUCAAACGGCCUCGUUCAACGUCACCUUCAUCGCCGCGCUCUCUCGUCGCGCAGUCGCAGGGACUCCUGGGACUUGGAUCACCGGCCAAGUCUGCCCGUUUGGCACUCGCGUCGAGUAUUUCUCCGACGCCUUUGACCGCGGCAGCUGCCCUCGAAGACGAGCGCCGGCGACGCGAAGUUGACGAUCACGACGACGGGACACGAGCCCCAGCACCCACGAGCGACAAUCCUAGCCACCGAGUUCUAACUUCCCUCAUGUCUGGAGCGGUUCAGGCUAUGAGCCGCCCUGCUGACGCGCCUCAGCUAGCACCAACAGCUACCAUGGACCCAUCUCCAAAGCCUACAAACCCCGUGUCGCUGGCGCAAACCGCGACAAGUCAGGUUGAAGAGCAUGGCGCACCAAGUCCACAGAGCACCAACAGCCUUGUUGGGGUCCCUGUUACCGAAAGCCCGACUCCAAUGGAAGUGGACGCACCCAAAGUUGAUCAACAGCAGCAUCACCAGUCGUUACAGCAAGUAGUCGGGCAGGAAGAGAGACAUCAGCCUGGAUCCCUAUCUUACCCUGGUUCUCUUCAGGCUACGGGCAACCUGACAGAAACCCCAACUCGAGGCAUGAGCUUUCCGAUGCCUACCCCAGGCCAGACAUCUCCUACAUCAUCUGGGUCAAAGAAGCACAAAUGUCCUUACUGCAAUACUGAAUUCACACGCCACCACAACCUCAAGAGCCAUUUGCUGACGCAUAGCCAAGAGAAACCUUACGUUUGCACGGAAUGCCAGAUGCGUUUCCGUCGCCUGCACGACCUCAAGCGUCACGGUAAACUGCACACUGGUGAGAAGCCCCACGUUUGCCCCAAGUGUGACCGAAAAUUCGCUCGCGGCGAUGCGCUCGCUCGUCACUCUAAGGGCGCUGGUGGCUGUGCUGGGCGGCGAUCCAGCAUGGGUAGUUUCGUUGAUGACAACGAUAUUGAGACCAGUCUUGGCGAAGCUGAUGAAUCGGCCAUGUCUGGACUUACGUACGAUAACGCUGAGGAAGAUGAAUUGAGACGUCAAAGUUUACCAAGCAUCACCGCCCAGCAUGUUGCAGGAGCACAAGUUGAUGGCUACAACACCCAUGCUCGGACAUAUCCACCACCUGGUGCUCGACCUGGGACUGGGGGACUUUAUCCCCCCAAUGUCAACCAAAAUCAGGCAAAUUCCAACCCUUCUCAGUCUGUCGCCAACAACAUUGCAGGGCACAAUUCUACCGCGGGAAUCGCAUCCGUUGCGGCCGCCAAUGCGAACAUGUAUUCCCAGACUGGCAUUACAGAGUCUCCAAAACCCUUGAGCCCUGGGGUGCAAGGACAUGACUCCAAUAAUUUGGCGCGCCAGCGCUCUCCUAGUUUGACCCAGCAGCUGCAGCAGGCGCAGUUUGGACGUCGAGCAUCGGAUAUACAGUCACCGCAUAACUCGCAGCCCCGACCCAAGCUUCCCGGUUUGUCGCAUCCUGAGUUCGCGGCGCCUGGGUCAACCGGCUUCUCUCACACCCGGAGCGGCAGUGGCGCGCAGUCUAUCAACGACAGCGGAAACAUGUUUGCUCAGAGUGAUCCGAGUGUGUGGGCGUAUGUUCAGGCGCUAGAGGAGAAAGUCAAGGCGCUUACAGAUAAGGUUUCGACUUUGGACCAUGUCGUUGCAGACUUGAAACAACAGAUGGAAACACGCGAUGCCGCCGCGGCGGCCGUCGCCAAAGUAUAACACAGCCUGCAUUACACUCAUUCAUGAGUGCUUCCGUACUGCGUUACUAUAUACCAAAGCACACAGAGACGACCUUCGUUUUUUUAACCUUGAGAAGUAUUUGGCAUGGUGCUCAGGGAGGCGUUUAUGGGACAUUGGGGCAUGCUUUUUUUGUUUUUCCUUUUCUGUUUCUGUGGAAGGUAGGGACCUCCACGCCAAAAGAACGGGGCACGGUCUAGUCAUGAUUAUCCCGUCGUUAUUUCAUGUAACAUAUAUUGUUGUUUUGUCCAGAUACUGUGCCUCGUGGCAGCAGAGAUCUAUGUGCUAGUACAGGUGUGAAAGAGUUGUAUUAUGCAGAGUGGAAGCUUUGUAUAUAGAGAGUCUAGCUCGUCGAGGGCCAUAAGCUCUUACUAGAGUGAACAUGGCAAGUGAUUAAGUUCUGUCAUCGUCUGCUGUAUGUUGAGGAUGUGCAUCUUGUUAUCUGUGGCUAGCCGAGGCUCGUGGAAUUUGAUGGUUCCUGCCGGGUAGCAGGGCGCUGACUGGGGAAUAAUUAAUUGGGGACUCUGAGACACAGCACAGUUGACGGCGGAUAUUUACUACAGUGGGUCGGCAAAAGUCCCGACACAUAGCUAAAAAGGCUCCUUGAUUUUAUUUAUUAUAUAAUAAGCU